CAUGCACCAAAGUGGAGGCUGAGAUACAACUUGGAUUUAGUGGAGUUAAAAACUCACAGACAGCUGGUCCCUCGGCGAUGCUUAUCCGACACCACGUUAGAGAUUGAUCACCGAUCACCAGGACUGAUCGUCCCGCCAGCAGCCCCCGCAGUGCCGCGGAGAAACCAGAGCAGCGUGCCCCCCUCUCUGAGCUCCAGGAAGAAGACGCAAAGAUGUCAGAGAGGAGAUGUCAGAAGAAGUCCAUCUUUCUCUCAUCAUUACUGGUGUGUUGUAUGUUUGCUAGUGCAGAGCAUUCCAUCUGUGGAGAGUACGAAUUCUUCAAUCAGACCAGUAACAGUUGCCAGGCCUGCCCUCAGUGCCAGCCGGGACAGGAGCCGCACAUGACCUGUGGCUUUGGUGUGAAGGAUGAGGACUUUGCCUGUGUGCCGUGCCCACAGGGGAAAUAUUCCAAAGGGAAGUAUGAGAUCUGCAGACGACAUAAAGACUGUGACGCCUACUACAAAGCCACUGUUCGGGUAGCGGGUACUCCGGACAGCGACGCCGAGUGUGGACCUUGUUUACCAGGGUAUUAUAUGCUGGAAAACAGACCCAGGAACCUUUAUAGGAUGGUUUGCCACUCCUGCCAGAACGCACCACGCAACACCAAAGAAUGCAGGACAACAGGCGGGUCAAAAGAAAAACCUGUGAUCGACCCUGGCAGCACUACUGUGUUCCCUCAUCUACAUAAAGAUCCCACCGGACAAGGUCACCUAGCAACGGCUCUCAUUAUUGCCAUGUCGACCAUUUUCAUCAUGGCCAUCGCCAUUGUCCUCAUCAUCAUGUUUUAUAUCCUGAAGGCCAAACCGAGUGGCCAGGCAUGUUGUUCUGGACAAGUUGUGAAGGCAGUGGAAGCUCAGACCAACAAACAGGAAGACAAGAAAGAUGUUCCUGACAACGUGGUGAUCUACUCAGAGAAAGAUGAGUUCGACAAACUAAAAGCUGCUCCUCAGAAGACGGUGAAAAGUGAAAAUGAUGCAUCGUCAGAGAAUGAGCAACUGUUGAGCCGCAGCAUAGACAGCGACGAGGAGGCGGCGUCAGACAAGCAGGGAUCAGCCGAGACCAACAACCCCAACCCGUGCCUCGUCAACCUGGGAAACAAGCCCGACCUCUGCCUGCUCUCUCUGGGCCUCCUGGAACGGGAACGAGUCUGCACAGCAUCCCCAACCACUGCAGCCGGACAGGCCAACAACAUCCCCAGUCCCAACCACAUCGGCAAUGUCAACCACUUUGCCAGCACCAACCACAUCAGCAGUGCGAACGGAGUCAACAACAACAAUAAAACCCCGGGGAUGCUACAAAGCCGGAGGAAAAAGAUCCUGGAUCUGUAUGCCAGGGCCUGCAAUGUGACGGAGGGCCUGAGCCCCACAGAGCUUCCCUUUGACUGUCUGGAGAAGACCAGCCGCAUGCUGAGCUCCUCCUACAGCAGCGAGGCGGCCGUGGUGAAGACGUGGAGGCACCUGGCCGAGAGCUUCGGGCUAAAGCGCGAUGAGAUCGGUGGCAUGAGCGACGGCCUGCAGCUCUUCGAGAGAGUGAGCACAGCGGGCUACAGCAUCCCCGACCUGCUGACCCGCCUGGUGCAGAUCGAGAGGCUGGACGCGGUGGAGUCGCUCUGCUCAGACGUGCUUGGCAGCGGUGAGAUGGCGGCGGCUGCCGGACGGCAGGGCAACAGCAGUUUUCACAGCCAGCUGGUUUGUCCAUCCCCAUGCCCAUCUCCGUCCCAGCGCUGCGCCAGUGUCUAAAUAUGUGUUGGAGCACAGACUUGAGAGACUUGGAUGCCUUACAGUAUACAUGUAUGUAGGGAUGGAAACUGCUCUGACAAGGACAGCACAUAUACAGUAUACACCUUACCCCCAUCACAUGAAGAAUGUCCGUGGACCUCCCCAUGUACAAUCCUUGCUUUCCCGUCAUGGGUUUUCUCUGUCAAGAAGCUAAUAAUCUGAAAAACUUUGUAUGACCUUCAUGUUCUAUCUUUUUAAAGUGCUUCAGAGUUUGAGAAAGACAAAACCAAAGACCAAAGAUUAACAUUAUUCUCUAGUUUGUCACUCAAGAUAUUGUCUGUUUUUUUAGAUUUUUGUCUUUCUCAAAAUGCUUUUUAGUAAAAAAAAAAAAAUAGCUAGAUUAACUGUGUGCUGGACGCAACAGAAAAGUUUCGUUAAAAAAUGUACUAUACAUUUUAAAAAUCACUGUGUUUGGUGUGCUGAUGUAAACGAUCACCGAGCAGCUCUUUGCAGCAGUGCCAGUAGUGCCUGUCUUGUAGGCAAACCGGUGCACUAUAAGUGAGAGGAAUGAGGACGCCUUCUUGUCCUCUCACUGAACCGUUUGAUCAGGACCAAAAACUAAUAUUAAAUCCCGGAGCUGAUGCAACUAGAUGUUUGUGUCCGUACUGAGAAGGCGACCCUGUUUGACCGCAGCAUCAGUUAACAUUCAUAACUGUAACUGCGCCCUUUGGCUGUGCUGUCAUCAUGCAAGGAAGACAGCAGAAAUGAGCUCCCUACUUAAAAUGCAAUCAUUACGCCCAGCUGGAAAUACUAAACAUCACUCAGAUCGGCUUUCAUUUGGUAAACUUUGCUUGAGAACUUUGGGCUCUUUGGAACACCACCAUCUGAGCCCCCACCAGUCGCAAGCAUACACACAGUCAACAUUACACACCACGAUUCUUUAGAAACAUUGUGUUUGCUAAUUGAAAAUAUGGGUGUUAAGUGUGGGAUUGCUGAACACAAACAUAAAGUCAGUUAAUUAUAUUUAUAAAAACACAGGACUGAACAAUUUAAGGUGGUGUGUUCGGUGUUAAUCCCAUACAGUGCAUGAAUACAGCAUCACUCUGUUGCUCAUGUUCUACCUAAAUCCACACGCAAAUCCACUUUCCCCAACUUACACACACACACACACACACACACACACACACACACACACACACACCAGUAUACUAUUUACUGCAACUACUUCCUCAGCAGUGACCCAGUCUGUGACCCCCCUCAUAAUUCUUCCUCUCCCCCCUUAUUCCCCUUUUACCUCAACGCUGCGGUCUAGUGCUGCCGCCAGCCCUAAUUAUUUGGCGUGUGGCUCCCCGGGCCCCUAAUAGGCUGAAGUGUUGUGGUUUACAGAGCGGGUGCAAAGUGCCUGUGAUUUCCAGCACCCAAUUAAGCAUUUAGGGCCACUUAACCACUGAAAGCCCAGUGGAAAACCUGUUAAAACCCUGCAUUAAAAACAGAGAUGCCACGGCAGAGGCAUUACUAACUGCCCCCGGGGUUGCUGCGAUGUGAAGGGUGCAAGAAUGCAGCCGGUCGCGGUGGAAGCAGCAUUACAGUCGCCCCAUAACGUCUGACCUUACUCAGCUUUUGUGGUCGGCUCAGUCAUGCUCAGACAGGAUUUAAGCUCCCCUCUCCCCCUAUGGGACCAAUAUGGCAAAUGAGAACAAUAUGCAGUUGUCCACCUCUGAGAAGCAGCUGAAGCUGGUUAGCGUUGUACACACAGAAACUGAGGGUGGCUCCGAUAAGCAUCGUGUUAAACUUUGUGAGGAGCGUCACAUUUACGCUCUUCCUAGCUCCAUUAAUAAUGACGACGUUAACAGGUAAGAAGCUGUAGGUCAUCGUCCUGCUUAAAGCUUCAAAUCUCAGCAGAUAGCGCCAACUUUAACAAGCAAUGCCAAGACUUGCUUUGAUCUCAUUUCUCGGGAAUAAGACUGAUUUUUAUCUGAAGUCUGAUGUUGUCAGCAUAAUGUCCCAUGGCCGCUCUGCACAAAAUCAAACACAUCACCAGCUGCCGAGUUCUUUUUUCUUAUGCCUUUUCUGUUCUUAUUUUAUAUCGCAGACUCUGGGGCUGGACUCCAGUUCUUUAAAUUAAUUAAUGUGCAUGUUUAUCAAGCAUGUAUUCAGAUCUUUUUUCUUUAAUAUCUCUUGUCAGUGCAAAUAAAAAGCUCACAUUUCAAUAUACUGUUAGAGCAGGGUCGUCUUUAUCCAAUACAGUUCAAUUCAAAACAGGUUUAACUUGUUAUUUUUAUGAUGUUUUAUACUUUUGUAAAUAAUGCAAUUUGUGGAUUGAAUUGAAAUGAAAUGGACCCAAGCCCUGGUCUCAAACAGGCAAACUCUUGUCUGACAUGUAUUAUGCUGGUAGGAUGAUAUACGGAAGCCAAACAUGGAUUACUUACCUCAGUAGCACGUACAGUAUAGUAGAGCGUGUAGAGUCACACACAAACUCACCACAGAACCAAAG